AUGACAAAUUGUGGUUUUAUUGCAUACUUGUUUUUGUUAAGAGACUACAUUCUUGUCUCGAAUGUACAUGGUGUACAUGUAUAUGAUACUGAGCAAGUCAAUGUUCUAUGUUUCCAUCUUGAUUAUCAGCUAAAGCAUUUUCUGUUGAGCAAUUCAAUGUACACGUUUUAUACUUUAGUUUUGUUGGUUCUUUGGUUUACUACUGCCUUGACAUUCCAUGGUUUUCACGGAGCAAAGCCAGAAGAAAGGAAACUGGGCCAGAAGUUCGUGGUAGAUAUAGAUGCUUGGAUGGAUCUCGCAACUGCUGGCAAAAUUGGUCAUUUAUCUAAUACAGUUAGUUACACAACAAUAUAUGAUAUAGUUAAGGAAGUUCUCGAAGGGUCACCUCACAACCUUUUGGAAUCAGUGGCCCAAAAAAUUGCAAUAACUACUCUGACAAAUCAUAAAGAAAUUUUUGCUGUUCGAGUGAAGGUUGAAAAGCCUCAUGUGGCAGUUCAAGGUCCAGUUGAUUACUUAAGCAUUGAGAUUCAUAGACGGAGAAGCGAUUUGUCAAGCUAAACUUUUAUAUUUGUUUUGGUUCCACUCUCAUAUUUUAAAGAUCCAUUUGACGCAAAAGUAAUAUAACUCUUUCCCUUGGCCAUUAA